AAGAAAAUGAUGAAAAUGAGAAUUAAGAAGUGGGCAAAUGUUUGAGAAACAGCAGAGAGAGAGAGAGAGAGAGAGGUAGGCCCAUUCUCUCUCCAUAAUGAGAAUCAUGCUUUUCUGAGUUUCUCUCUCCUCUUCCAUUCCUUUUAUCUCAUUCUUCUUCCUCAUUUACAGCCCAACUCCACUAUCUUCAUCAUCAUCAUAAGCACUAAUCUCGAGGAGAUAAAGAAACACCUCUCUCUUUCUCUCUCUCUCACCUUCCCUCUUGGUCCUUGCGUUUCAAAGUUUCUUCCUUUUGGGCGGGUUUUCAGGAAAUUUUGUAUUUUUCUCUUUUGGGGAACGUUUCUUUAAUUUCUGUGUUUCUUGUAGUUGUGGGUUUUGUCUCUAGUUAGUUCUUGCUACUGUGUCACGCUUUUCUCUAGCUGAUAAGCUUGUGACGAGUAUAUGAUUAUUCUGAGUUUUUGUCUGGCCUUCUAAUAAAAGUCUCCAUUUUUUUCUUUCUAUUGUUAAGUGAUGGGUACCGAGGAGAAGCCUCUCAAUCCUAUUGAUUCAAGCCAUGGUGAUUCUUCCCCUGCUUCAAGUCAGAAGGCCGAAGGAUCCUCUGCUAUAACAGAAGAGACUUCUGGAAAUGUUCAACAAUGGAGGCGAAAGAACCUAUCUUUGCAGAUACCCUCCAGAGAAGCUGGUCUCUCUCCUGAAGAUUCGGUUGUAAUCAAAAUAGCUCCAACGCCUAGUCCAACUCCAAGAAGAGUAAACUUUGCUUUGACUUCGAGUUCUCCUGGUCAUGCUCCUACUACUUCUUCUUCUUCUUCUGCUGCUGCUGUUCCUCCGCGGGGCAAAUCAUCCCUGAAGAAUCUAAUCCCAAAAGUUGGUUUCAAACCAAAAACCUCUAAUACCGAUAUCGAGAAGGGACAAGGGGAUGUAUGCUCUCCUCCUGCAUUGCAGGAGAAGGCUUCGAUUUCGAGGUCACUAUCACUUUCAAAGCUGUUUACGCCUAGGAUCAAGAGAACUUCAUCUCUACCUGUGACUCCCGUUAUUCUUUCAAGCUCAGAGUCAGCUCACGGAGGAAGCAUUGCUGCUCCUCAAACUCCAAGUAGCAAAGGGAGGGUGAAGAUAGCUCGCUCUCGCUCUGUGCCUGUUAAUGACAAGGAAGCAAGCCUUAAGGGAAUGGAUUCGUUCUUCAGAGUAGUUCCUUCGACUCCUCGAGUAAAGGAAGGAGACAUUUUCCCAAAUACAUCAGAGGCUGGUAAUACUGGUAGGCUCAUGUUUCAAUCGGUUAUAUGGUUUCUUUUUUUUCAUAGAUAUUUGUUUACUCAGUACAAUUCUAUCUUAAUGUAUCCAACAGAGACAGGUGAUGCUGAUGGAGAAGACAUACCUGAGGAUGAAGCAGUUUGUAGGAUUUGUUUGGUAGAGCUCUGUGAAGGAGGGGAAACCUUAAAAAUGGAGUGUAGUUGCAAAGGUGAACUUGCUCUUGCCCACAAAGACUGUGCUCUUAAAUGGUUCACCAUAAAGGGUAACAAGACCUGUGAGGUUUGCAAGCAAGAAGUUAAAAACUUGCCUGUAACACUCCUACGGAUACAAAGCAUGCGAAAUUCUGGUGUUCCUCAGCUAGAUGUCACUGGUUACAGGGUUUGGCAGGAGGUCCCGGUUCUAGUGAUCAUCAGCAUGCUCGCUUACUUCUGCUUCCUCGAGCAGCUCCUGGUUGAGAAAAUGGGUACAGGUGCAAUCGCAAUAUCACUGCCGUUUUCUUGUAUUCUUGGUCUUCUUGCAUCCAUGACCGCAUCAACAAUGGUAAUGAGAAGAUUUGUCUGGAUUUACGCAUCUGUCCAGUUUGCUUUGGUGGUUCUCUUCGCCCAUAUAUUUUACUCUGUGGUUCAGUUGCAACCAGUUCUGUCGGUUCUUCUGUCAACAUUUGCUGGAUUUGGAGUCUGCAUAUGCGGAAGUUCAGUGAUGGUUGAGUUUGUGAGAUGGAAACGAAGAUGGCGAGCAAGAAGGCUCGAGCAGCAGCUGAACCAUGCUCAGACGCUGCAGCCACCGCAACCGCUGGAUGCAACAACCUCUCAGCAUCAUCCAAAUGCCUCAUAGAGCCAGGAAGCGGAAGAUCAUUUUUACAGUUAUAAAGUAGUUGUUGGUUAAUGUUAUGUGAAGAUUUGUUGUACAAAAGAAAAAGCGAGAGUGAUGAAGGAAUGCUUAAGAUUGUUCUUUUGUUGGUCUUGCUUCUUUGUAUUGUUGUAACUUGUGAGUUUGUAACUUUUGAUUCCUCAAUCUCUGCAAAUGAAAUUGUUUGUAGUAGUAUUGGUUAACUUUUCAUGUAUAAUAAAUUUGGUAGCUAUGCUUAAAUGUUAUAUCAGAUUAAGUAUA